UUUCAGUUUCUUGGAUGCAGUCAUUGACUGUCAUCUUAAUGCAAUUUUUUUCAAUUGAUUUAUUAGUCCUUUUUUUAUUAAAUACAAAUCACUUGGAAGAAAGUGGAUUUAAUAUCAUAAUCAUGCCCUUUUUCUUCUUUAGAUCUAAUGUCAAUAGAAAUUAUGUCGAAUAUAUUGGGUUAAACAACUCCAUAUAUCAUGAUGAAGCACAGAAGCAUGCCUUGUAAAUUCUGUACUGAGAAGAUAGACAUGCAUUUCUUUUUGCCUGACGCAUGAUAUUAAUUUUUAUAAUUUGGUAAUUGUCAUUUAUGAAAUGCUUUAUGUCUUAGGUAAAAUGUUUCUGCCUUACAUUUCAAUUCUUCGAUGAUCGACUGACUUUUUCUGGCAGGGUUAUAUACUUAUAUUAUCUGUCAACGUGAUCUUUCACUAACUUGACUAGUUUUUUCCCCUAUAAAAUGCCAGCCUCUUGAAGUAAGACCAUCUUUUGCCUCAGGUUUGAUGUUGAAAUUAAAUGCAUUGCAUAUCUCUUUUGAUGAAAUUCUUCUCCUAAUUUCAUUAGAGUUUUGUAGCUUAAUUUCUGUGUUGAAAAGAUAGGCAUGCACAUCAUCAUAAAAGUUCAAAUAUCCAUUUGUCAUUCCAUGAGGUUUGAAUUAAUAAAUACUUUGUUUAUUAUUGUUAUUCAUUGAAUGCUUUAUAUCUGUUUCUAUAAUGCAACUCAUUCACUAUGUUUUCUGUGCAAUUUUAGAUAUCAAUGGAAACUUUAUGCCUUUUUUUUUCAAUAAUACUGACCCACAAAUGAUGGACAUGCAUAUCAUUACAUCCUUUUGAUGAAAUUAUGCAGCUGGCUUCAUUAGCAUUUUAUCUUGAAUUCUUUGUUGAAAAGGUAGUCAUGCAUAUGACUGUAAAACUUGAUCCUUUUUCAUUGCAUAAAGCUUGCCUUAAUGUCUAUACUUUAUUUAUUGCUGUUAUUUGUAAAACGCUUCGGGUAUUUAGGUGAAAUACUUCUUCUAUCUUCUUCUAGCUUCUUCUAGCUUCAGUGCAGGGUUGAAGAUUGGAACAAUCAUCUGCCUUUUUCUUAUCUUUCCUGAAUAAUUUUUCUUUUUUAUAAAUUUCUCGAAGUUCUGUUAAAUCAAUCUUCUUUCAGACAAGUAGAAGGGUGUAAGAACAAAAUGAUACAGGUGCUUAUUUUUGUAAUGUAAAUAGUAUGAAUUUGAGGGAGGUUUAAGCUAAAUUCCAGGUAUUUAUAGUCAAUCCUUUCUUCUUUCGCUUUCUAUCAACGUUUUCUUUUUUCUUUUUUUUUUCUCGAUAUAUAUAUAUAUAUAUAUCCACAUCGGAUCCGAAGGCCAGCGGCAGAGGAUGAAGGGGCGCGACCUCAUCAAUGUUUUGCUCCCCGACGAGCUGAUCGCUGAGGUGUUCCGGCGCCUGGGAGGCUCCAAGGCUAGCUGCGACGCGUGCGCGCUUGUGUGCCGUCGAUGGCUUGGGAUCGAACGGGCGUGCCGCCGCCAUGUGCGGAUCGGGGCGAACGGGGACGCCGACCGACUUAUGGAGGCACUUGUUCGGCGCUUCUCUGGACUUCAGAGCAUCUGCGUUGACGAACGCCUCCCUAUCUCCUGCCCUUCCCCAUUGGUGGCGCGAAUGACACCGCGAAAGAGGCAUGCAAAACGGUCAUCUGAAGCUAGAUCUACACUGGAAAACAAUGAAUUUGGGGAAAAUGAAGUGGUAUGUAGUAUUUCUGAUGCUGGUUUGGCUGCACUUGCGAAUGGCUGCAAAGGACUUGAAAAACUAAGCUUAAUCUGGUGUUCUAGCAUAACAUCUGCUGGGCUAUCCUCUAUUGCUGAGAGCUGCAAAAGCUUGAGAUCCUUGGAUCUGCAGGGCUGCUAUGUGGGUGAUCAAGGUCUUAUUGCAAUAGGAGAGUCUUGUCAACUACUUGAAGAUUUAAAUUUGUGUUUCUGUGAGGGGCUCACUGACAAAGGUUUGGCUGGAUUGGCGAAGGGCUGUGCAAAUUCAUUAAGAGUUCUUGGUAUUGCAGCUUGUGCUUGGAUUACAGAUAACUCUUUGAAAGCUGUGGCAUCUCACUGUUCAAGUCUUGAAAGCUUGUCAUUGGACUCUGAAUUCAUAAAGAAUGAAGGCAUAAUUGCGAUUGCUGAAGGUUGCCAAUCAUUGAGGGCUCUGAAGCUACUAUGCAGAAAUGUUACUGAUGAAGGCCUACAAGCUGUGGGCUCCUUCUGUUCUUCGUUGGAACUGCUGGCUUUAUACAGCUUCCAGAAAUUCACUGACAGAAGUCUUUAUGCUAUUGGAAAAGGGUGCAAGAAUCUUAGAAGUCUUACUCUCAGUGACUGCUAUUUCUUGAGUGAUAAGAGCCUUGAAACUGUUGCUGCUGGCUGUACAGGGUUGACAUAUUUGGAGAUUAAUGGUUGCCACAAUAUUGGAACUUUAGGACUGGAAUCUAUUGGACGGUCUUGCCCAAGACUCUCAGAGUUGGCUUUGUUAUACUGCCAAAGGAUCAGGAACAGUGCCCUUCUGGAAAUUGGCAGAGGCUGUACACUUCUGCAAGCUCUUCAUUUAGUUGACUGUUUGAGUAUAGAUGAUGAGGCGCUAUGUGAAGUAGCUCAAGGUUGCCGAAAUUUGAAGAAGCUCCAUGUUCGCCGGUGUUAUGAGAUAGGAGACAAGGGAGUAAUUGCUGUUGGUCAAAAUUGCAAACUCCUUCGAGACUUGAGUCUUCGAUAUUGUGACAGGGUUGGUGAUGGGGCACUUAUUGCCAUUGGUCAAGGCUGUCCUCUUGAACAUUUGAACCUUAGUGGGUGCCAUCAAAUUACAGAUGUUGGUCUCACAGCCAUUGCAAGAGGUUGUCCUGAACUCAUCUCCCUGGAUGUCAGUGUUCUUCAGAAUUUAGGUGAUAUAGCACUUGCCGCAUUGGGUGAAGGUUGUCAUGUGUUGAAGGACAUUGUGAUAUCCCACUGUCCUCAAAUAACAGAUGCCGGACUAGCCCACCUUGUCCGGGGAUGUACCCAGCUUGAAACCAUCCAGAUGGUUUAUUGCCCAUCAAUAACAUCAGCUGGAGUAGCUACUGUCAUCUCAAGCUGUAAUCACAUGAAGAAGGUUCAGAUAGAGAAGUGGAAGGUCAGCAAUAGAACUAUGCGGCGAUCAGCUGCAGUCCUCUCUUUCCUUUGCGUGGAGCUCUAGCAAUUCUCAUCAUUUCUCCAAUCUUACAAGCCCAUCAUCGUGCUAUUCAGAAUAAAAAUUCACCAGACAAAAAGCAGCAUGUGUUUUUUUCGUAUUUUGUUUUAUACCGAUCACCCUCCAGUUGGUGGUAGACAUAAUCUUUCAAUGAUGUGAACAUGGAGGUGUUUGUAGACAAGUGCAAGAUCUCUGAUAGGAAGGCACCGCAGAUGGCUUGCCACAUAACAAGACUCCAGGUUGUGUAUUCUAAUUUGUUAGAGUGAUUUUUGUAUUUUAGAGCUUGAAAUGUGAGGUGAACCAGCAAUGUUAAAGUCAGUAUGCAAUUACUGGCUUACCUUUUUUCGGAAACUUUGAAAUAUGUUUAUUAUUAUUAUUUUUGUUUCAGUUCCUGUGCUAAAAUCCAGGUGCUUCUAAUAGAGGUAAAGCAGAUCAUUACUCA